CUGUUUAAUAUUAAUAGAGACAAAUAGAACUAUUUCACAUUUGGUGCAACCUAAUAUUUGCUCUAUUUAUGUACGUACAUAUGGAUUUAGAGGCGGUCAGGCAUCUUGUUUAAUUUAGUUCAGUUCAUACCAACAACAUACAACGGGCCGCGCACGUUUCAUUCGAUUGUACUGACUGCUCUAAUUUUCAGUGAUUUUUAAAGAGUACUGGCCGCGUGUUUCUUAUCGCUCUAUAGUUGGCUGCGUUGCUAAUAAAGGCUGGGAAAUGUCUGUAACGCAGACAAAACAAAUAAAAUUUCACAAUCCAGCGAGUUCCGCGAGCUCUGACAGCAGCAGCAUCACGUUUUUAUGCAGCAAAUCUAACCACAACACCGCUAUUACUGCCAACAAAAAUAUCAACAACAAUAACAGCAGUUACGCCGAUGUGGGAAAAUCAUCUGCCUCCAUCGACUUACUAACAACAACAACAUCACCACCACCACCACCAACAACGACAACAACGAGCGCACCAAUCAACAGUCACAUUGACGAUCGUUCCGAUGCGAUCGAACAGCUUUAUAUUGAUCCCUUUGCGGAGGCGGGGAGUACCGGAGAGCUCGUCUGCUGCCCGGCCUCACCAACAACAGUGCCUGCCAAGAACGCCCUGGAGUCCCCAAUGCGCCGCUCUGGGCGACGACCUCGUACGACUUCAAUCGGCAACCAGACGACCACUGCCAAUCCAUCGGAAUGCAUAAUACGAGCCAACAAUCGAACCAUUUACACAGCGGGGCGUCCACCAUGGUAUAAUUGCGCUGGACAGCAGGUCGAACCUUUCGUUAUAGGUAUUUGUGGUGGCAGUGCUUCUGGGAAAACCACAGUGGCAGAAAAAAUAAUAGAAAGUCUGGAUGUGCCUUGGGUAACGCUCUUGUCCAUGGAUUGCUUUUAUAAGAUCUUAAAUGAAAAGCAACACGAGCAAGCGCUCUACAACGAAUACAACUUUGACCACCCGGAUGCCUUUGACAUCGACUUGCUGCUGGAUGUGCUAACCAAGCUAAAGGAGGGCCGGAAAGUCGAGGUGCCAGUAUAUAAUUUUGUGACACAUGGACGUGAGAGCCAAACAAAAACCAUGUAUGGCGCAAAUGUUAUUAUAUUUGAAGGGAUUCUCACUUUUCAUAGUCCCGAGGUAUUGAAACUCUUGGACAUGAAAAUAUUCGUCGAUACAGAUUCAGACAUACGUCUAGCCAGGCGACUGAAACGAGAUAUUUCACAACGUGGGCGCGACCUUAAAGGCGUGCUAAAACAAUACCUGAAUAUGGUGAAGCCAUCCUAUGCCAACUAUAUAGCACCUACAAUGGUACACGCUGAUAUUAUUGUGCCCCGCGGGGGUGAGAAUAAAGUGGCCAUUCAUUUAAUAGUUCAACACGUACACACGCAGUUGCAAUUGCGCGGAUUUAAAUUACGUGAAACGCUGGCUAACUCCUACAAAGACCAACCCAUGCCAGAUUCUCUUCAUUUACUGCAUCCGACACCGCAAAUCAAAGGACUGCAUACAUUUAUACGCUGCAAGAAUACAUCUCGAGAUGAAUUCAUCUUCUAUUCAAAGCGUCUUAUACGUCUGGUCAUAGAGUAUGCGCUAAGCCUGUUUCCCUUCAAGGAGACAACCAUUGAAACGCCUCAGGGCGUUUUGUAUAGUGGCAGACGGAUGGCCUCCCGUAAAAUAUGCGGCGUCUCUAUAUUGCGCGCCGGCGAGACUAUGGAACAAGCCGUUUGUGACGUGUGCAAGGACAUACGUAUUGGCAAGAUCCUUAUACAGACUAACUUAAAGACAGGCGAACCAGAGCUGUACUAUCUUCGCUUGCCCAAAGACAUUAAAGACUACAAGGUGAUACUGAUGGACGCGACUGUGGCCACCGGUGCGGCUGCCAUGAUGGCUGUGCGUGUUCUGCUCGACCAUGAUGUGCCGGAGGAGAAUAUUAUACUUGCUUCGCUGCUGAUGGCCGAAAUCGGUGUACACUCCAUUGCAUAUGCCUUCCCUAGGGUUAAAAUUGUUACUUCCGCUCUGGAUCCGGAGAUUAAUAGUAAGUUUUAUGUUAUACCCGGCAUUGGCAAUUUCGGCGACCGCUACUUUGGCACAGAGCCGUCGGAUGACUACUGAGGAUCCACACAAUCCUCCUAAUCUUAAUAUACAUAAUUAAAAAUAAGUUUCAAAUUGUCGCUGGAUGAUGAUACUGAUCCCAAGGCAAAACACAAUGUUACUUAAAUUAUACAACAUUCAGAUAUUUCGAAAUCA